GUCCCGAGAAGAUCCCCGAAGAACUCAUCCUCGUGACGUAAUCUGCCGUGGACAUGGGAGCGAGCUUCGAGAAGAGGAAGCUGCUGCCGUGCAAUGGUGGGUCGUACCUGGCCGCCGCCGUCUUGGCUGCGAUCGAGGAGCUCAAGAACGCCGAAGGGGGCGUCGAGGACAUCGGAGCGCGUCGAAAGAGCAAGCACUGCGUCCCUCGGUUCUGUGAGCUGGUGGCAAUGAAUCUCGAUAAGUGGNGAGACCCGCCCCGCCAUGGUAGAGCUUUGGGAACAGUUCAAGGACCGCAAAGUGUUGGUGAGAUACACGGCCAAGGUAACGAGCGGUCGGCCCACUUAGAGGACGCGUGUUUGUGCCCUUCACCUUCGCAGACAACGAUCGUGUGCUGGCCGCCGGUGUCGACCCGAACGUCGUGCACCAGCCGAACCUUCGACAAGUUCACAACGAUGAAGGACGAGAUCAUCAAGGACCCCGGCGACAUGUACGUCAGCUUCCAAGAAAUCCGGACACCACGAAGAGAUGUACUCCUUCUGCAAGGCCUGGACACGUAUUACCACGGCCUGAUGUGCGAAAAGUACCCUGGGAUCGAGCAGACCAGCAUUCAGGUGCUCCCUGAAGGCACGGAAAGCGAAAACACGGGGGUGGGGGGGGGGGGCGGACGAACCGAGAGGCGCAGAAGGAGCCGCGGCCGACGCCAGGAGGAGGGCCGGGGCAAAGAGGGACUCGAUGGAGAGGAACGCCACCCUUGGCGUGCAAGAGAAGAAAAAAAAGAAGGAGAAGGAGAUCGAGGACGCGGCGAAGGUCGCCGCCUCAGCAGCAACGGAGAAACUGGGUCUUGGGGCGGGCUUGGCGUCGCUGCUGGGUAUGCCUUCCAGCCCCAAGUAUUCGACGCCCCCACCUCCUUCUACGACACCAUCGAGGGGUGCGAGACUAGGAACAAGAAACUCGAAUACUCCGCCCGUCUCCGCCAAACACUUGCGGACAUCAAGGAGGACGUCAGGAAGGAGAAAGCGCUGGGCGACGCCGUUGACCUGGAGGAUAUCCAGAUCAUGGAAGCCGAGCUGAAAAAAGUGAGGGCCGCCCUGAAGAAAGAUUUGGCAGAUACCCUUUGAACUUGGAGCGGUGGUCGUGGUUGUGGCUGCGACGGAAAUUUGGGCCGGGCGGGCGGGGGAGAGCAGGGGUGGUGGGUGGUGGGUGGUACGAAGGCGUUGUUGUAGAGACUGUGCACGAUUGCUGUGCAUCCCUGCGCCCGUUCCCCCUCUGUAUCUCGCUGCUGGGUGAAGGAAUAGGCCAUCUUCGAUUAAUUGGUUGAUAUUUUGCCCAUGACGUAAAGAACAGAAUGCAGUACCGGUGGGGCUUCCUUUCUGGCGUCGUGGGGGGCAACGUCGCGUCUCCUGGCUGUUGUAAUUACUUUUGAUUCGCCACAUGCAUGUAGAGCAGGGAGGGGUAGCCGUGAGUCAACCCCGACGUGGCGGCUAGCCGUGUGGGCGCCUUAUAUAUAUUUUUUUUGGUUUUGACUAGUUGCUCACAGUUUUCUAUUCUCGAACUGGCAGGGGGACGAUUUCCCUAUUCCGUAUCCCCUUGAUCGAUGGGUUGUUGCCUUCCCGCGGUAGGAACGCUUUGCUCGAACGCCCACCCAGAGGCUUGUGUUUUUUUCUUGUGAUGUAGCUGUAUUUUACUUGUGAUGUCUUGUCUUCAUUAUUACGGUGGAACAUAGU